AACCCCAAACAAGACGAACCACAUUCUUGCUCUUUACCAUUUCUGAGUCUUGACAAAGUCUUCUCAUUACGUAUCAAAUCUCACCUGACUGAAACAGGUAUUCAGACCAUUCAGCACCAAAGCUAUUUGUUGUUUAUUUAAACCUCAAGUAUGAAGAGCAUUUGGAAAACAGUGAUGGUUCUGGGUGCCAUGAUUGCCGCAGCACAAUGCCUGACCUGUCGUCAGUGCCCUGUUGGUAUUUUUGGGACGUGUUUGUUUGGAAGCGACAUUGUAUGUAAUAACGGGACUGAGAGCUGCUUUCGCGGGGAAGCACAGUUCAAUGCAACAGGACAGUUGUCCUUACACAUCCGCGGCUGUGUAGACACGGAUCUGUGUGGGAAGACGGUGACUGGCAGCAUACUGGGUGCAGGAUACACCAGCAGCUUCCAGUGUUGCACAACUAACCUGUGUAACGGAGCUGCGUCUAUCCAGCUGUCUCUGACUGCAGCCCUCUGUGCCUCUGUGCUGUCCUCUCUGUGGGGCUUGUGGCAGUUGUAGUAUUACAUUCCCUUCUGUGUAUUCAAAAGAUCCUUUUCAAACCCAUGAAACUUCAUUUAAAAUCAUCAUCAUGCAAUUUUUGUUAUGUUGUGUCCUCAUCAUUAAAUAAAAACUGUCUUUAACCAAA